AUGUCCCCCCAAAAGAUAACGAUCCUGCAAGAAGAGUGGGAGCGUCGGCUUCACGAUGUGCAGGUGUCCAAACAUGAUUUGAAUCGUCUUGUGAUGGACUACCUUGUCAUUGAAGGCUAUAGAACCGCUGCGGAGGAGUUCAGCAAGGAGGCUGGACUGGAAUCUCCAGUCGAUUUCGAGAGUAUUGAGAGUAGAAUGAACAUUCGAGAGGCAUUGCAGCGUGGAGACGUCGGCGAUGCUAUCACACGCGUGAAUGACCUGAACCCUGAGAUUUUGGAUACUAAUCCCGCCCUUUAUUUCCGGCUUCAACAGCAGAAGCUCAUUGAGUACAUCCGUCAGGGCCGGAUAGCUGAAGCGCUGCAGUUUGCACAGGAGGAACUAGCCCCGAGAGGCGAGGAGAGCCCGGAGUUUCUGUCCGAGCUCGAGAGGACAAUGGCGCUGCUGGCGUUUGAAUCAUCUCCGUUAGCUCCUGCGGCCAUCAGUGAGCUCCUUUCGCCGGCGCAGAGAAUGAAAACGGCAGGCGAAGUGAAUUCCGCCAUACUCGAAAGCCUGAGCCAGGGGAAGGAGGCGAAACUGGUCGGUUUGCUGAGGCUACUGUGUUGGGGUGAAACCAUGUUGAGUGAGCGCGCGGACUUCCCAAAACUUGAUCUCAGUGAAGGGACGUUCACUCGUGCGGGGAAGUAG